GGAUGAGGUGGUGGCUGGUGGUGGCCAGUCUGUGGCUGCUGGUGGUCCUGAACGUCCUGAACGUCCAGGCCGGGGAUCGAAGCCGCAACCAGGACGUUGGGAAUCGACGAGGGAAGAGGAAGAGGGACGGACACGGUCUCGGUAGAACCAGAGCGGGGCACUCUAGACCUCUGAAGAUCAGACUGGUUCCUGGUCUCGGCAAUCCCAGUGGAACCAGCUGAGAACCGAGGAAAUGGUUCUGUUUCUACAACCCUUAAAGAAGCUUGAUGAACAGCAUGCCAGAUACAACGUCAUCCCAGGUAAGCAGGGCCAGUGCUCCUACCAGGGUCUGACCAUGUUCGAUCAGGCCGUCUGGUCUCCGAAGCCCUGUGUCACCUGUCUGUGCAGCGCCGGUCAGGUGGUCUGUGACGAGCUCACCUGUCCACCUGUCCACUGCCUGUUUCCCUUCACCCCGACCGGCAGCUGCUGCCCCGUCUGCUCGGAUCCAGACCCCGACCUCAGCCUUGACCUUUCUGGUGACUCCCCAGUACCCAGCGACCCGGUGACGCCUCUGACCCACGAGGAGAUCCAGCGGAUCCUCUGGAGACAGGAGGAGGAGGAGCACCACGAGGAGGAGGAGCGUCUGAGGAGGAAGGAAGAGGCGAGGAAGAAGAGGAGGAAGCAGAGGAAGGAACACGAGGAGAAGCAGAGGAAGAUGGUGGAGGCGAGACGGCGGCAGGAGGAGGAGGCCCUGAGGCUGCAGGUGGAGAAAGAGGAGGAGGAGUGGAGGAGGAAAAUGGAGGAGGAGGAGAGAAAGAGGAGGGAGGAGGAGGAGGACAGGAGGAAGAAGGAGGCGGCGGAGAGGGAGGCGAGGGAGAUGGAGAGGAAGCUGGAGGAGGAGAGGAGGAGGCAGGAGGAGCUGCUGAGGGAGGAGCUGCUGAAUAUGGAGGAGGAGGAGGAGGUUUGGCUGAGAGGAGACGUUUUCCAGAUGCUCCCAAAGGAACCAGAAGAUCUCCAGCCUGCUCCCCUACCAAAACCUCCGGCUGCAACCGAGCUGGAGGAGGAGCAUGAAGUGGAGAAGGAGCAUGAAGUGGAGCAUGAAGAGGAGAACGAGCAUGAAGUGGAGAAGGAACAUGAAGUGGAGAACGAGCAUGAAGUGGAGAAGGAGCAUGAAGUGGAACAUGAAGUGGAGAACGAGCAUGAAGUGGAGAACGAGCAUGAAGUGGAACAUGAAGUGGAGAACGAGCAUGAAGUGGAGAAGGAACACGAAGUGGAACAUGAAGAGGAGAACGAGCAUGAAAUGGAGAGGGAGCAUGAAGAGGAGGCGAACAAAGGAGGCCUCCCUCCAGGCUGCGAUAUCUCCGACGUUACUGUAACUUGUGAAAAUGCCAAACUGACCUACUUCCCUCCUCUGACCAUCCCUGAGCUCAAAUCUCUCAGUUUGGAGGGAAACAGCAUCAGCAGCAUCCCAGCCGAGGCCUUCAAUGGCAUUCCCAACCUGGAGUGGAUCAACCUGAAGAAGAACAAACUCACUUCCGCCGGCAUCAACGCUAAAGCCUUCAAAGGUCUGAAGAUGCUCAACCGUCUGUACUUGGAUGGAAACCUUCUAGAGGUUGUCCCUCCAGACCUUCCUCCAACCCUGCAGGAGCUGAAGAUCAACGAAAACCAACUGAAAGAAAUCGACGAUAACAGCUUCCGAGAUCUGAGCAGCCUGGUGAUCCUGGAGCUGGAAGGAAAUCUGCUGAGCGAAGGGAACACUGAUCCUCUGGCCUUCAGUCCGCUCAUCCAGCUCUCCUACCUCAGGCUGGGAAGAAACCACUUCCGGACGGUACCACAGGGUCUCCCCAGGUCACUGCUGGAGCUGCACCUGGAGAACAACCUGAUUGAGGAAAUCUCAGAGACAGUUUUCAAUCAAACCAUCAACCUGAAUCUAGUUUCUCUGAGACACAACAAGCUGGACGAGUCCAGAAUCGCCCCGUUGGCCUGGAUCAACCACCGACAUCUGGAGUCCAUCGACCUUUCACAUAAUGAGCUUUACCUGGUUCCAUCCUACCUGCCCAGAUCUCUGGUCCACCUGGUGCUGGUGGGGAACAACAUAGAGAGAAUACCUGGUUAUGUCUUUGCCCACAUGGAUCCUGGUUUGGAGUAUCUCUAUCUGUCCUACAACAAGUUGGACGGGGAGGGAAUCGAACCAGAGUCCUUCUUCGGCUCGUAUGACUCAAUGGUGGAACUUUGUCUGGACAACAACCAGCUGCUGUCGGUGCCAUCGGGCAUCAACGCCAUGACCAACCUACACUUCCUCAGACUCAACAACAACAAGAUCAGGAGUAUCCCCGAUGAAAGCAUCUGCGACCCGAACCACAACGGAGACGCCACACUGGUGGCUUUAAGGCUGGAGAACAACUACAUUGACCCCCAGAAGGUCUCGCCGACAGCCUUUUCCUGCGUCCGAGCCUCGUCCAGUGUCGUCCUAAAACCUCAGAAAAGUGACCGAAGCCUACGCAAGACCAAAAACUGAGAGACACUUGCUUUAAUGGGGUUAAGGUUUUGGGCUGUAAUCUGCCAACAGAAGUCAGAAUGAAAGUUCUGCUCACUGCCUUCCACUGAUGUAUCUGUACAUUCCAUGAAAAAGCAGGACCUCCUCAGAAUCAGCUAAUUCUUCAUCUGCAAUAACUUUAGUAUGCUAAAUGAAGCCAUGCAAAGUUUUAUCUUCAUACCAUGAAUAUUUUCAGGGUUACAGACCCUUGAAUUACAUAGAAAUGGGUCCAUAUUUCACUUGAAUUCUAAAGGUUUUUAUGUCUUCAGUGAAUAGAAUGUAAAAUAUGACAUUUUGUGAGAGUUUAAGAAUGCCUUAUUAGAAAAGCUGUUUCCCCACAGAAUAAAUCGUGUCUAUUAGCUGAUCUUUUUAUCUUGUGUGUAAAAAAAUUAUCCUGUCAUCAUCCCCAACUUGUUCUGACCGACCAUCAAUCACACGUAUUGAUUUAAGUCUUAAAAGUUUACUAAGAGUUCUCUUCUUCCCACUAAAUGUGUCCAGAAUGACUCAAAAAGUGUGCAAAAUGACGCAAAACAUGUCCAAAACGUAUCCUAAAUUUCUCAAUUUUUGCCCAAAAUGAGAACAACUUCUUCCAAAUUAACCAAAAUUGUCAAAAGUGAUCAAAAUGUAGGUUAAAAACAAUGACCCUUUUUGUCUCUAACUUGUUCUGACCAACCACACAUGCUGAUAUUAUGAGCCUUGAAAGUUUACCCAGAAUGCACUUUUUAAACUUUUCUCUGGUGAAUUAUUAGAAAACAGAAACACAUCCAGGAUACCAAUGACCGUUUCUGGGACUCGGACAUUAAACUGCUGAAACUAGGACACAUCCCAUUAUAUUGAUGCUCAAAGUUGGUUUUAGAAUUGAUUGGAACGGUUUGGAGGCAGGUUGAACAAUUUUUAUAAAACGAGGGCAAUUCUGACCUAAGUUUUGACAUUUUUUGGUUCAUUCUUCACUCAUUUAAGGCAGGUCUUGAAUUAUUUUAGACAGUUUGAGUAAUUUUGGAAACAUUUCAAGGCAUUUAUACAAUCUUUGUAGCCUGGCCGCGCUAGACCCAGCUCUUAAGACACAAGGGUCUAGGACCACUCGACAGGGAGGGAGGCGGGCUAAAAGGUUGUCUUUCAAAUCACUCUGCAGCAGUUGGGUAGGUAUACAACCAAUCAACACAACAAAUAGGCUGACGUAGUUCCUAGAGUGCCGGCGGGUUGUGGCUAAGUCCCAUUAGCUUCCCAACCAGCGGAGCCAACUGGUAUAUUAAGGAUUUGCCAUAUCCCGUCGCCAUAAGUCCAAAUACGUCUUUCUUCUCAAUGAAACACUGCCGUCCUUUGUUUAUCUUUCAAGUUGAAUUUUAGCUUCAAAUCUUUAAGGGCUGUGGCCAAAGCCGAGUCGAAAGAUAACUGUUUAUUGUGCGCCUGUUGUUUCUGUCAGAAUCGUCGCGCCUCUGUCGUCACUUAGUUACGCCCGCCUUCUGACUCUACACUUCAUGGUGAUUCGUCUGGCCAGUUUUAGGAGCAUCCAACCUCGAGCCUUAUGGAGGGUAACUAGACCCACCCUGGCAGAGAAUUAAAUUCGUUGCCGUGGGUUGUCUAGCGCGGCUAGGCUACAAUCUUUGACUCACUUUGAACAAAAUUUUUAACUAUUUUGGACAAACUAAACAAACACAACCAAGACACCAAUGACUAUUUCUAGGACUCGCAGACAUUAAACUGCUGCAGUUUGACUGUUCAAACUAGGAUACAUCCCAUAAUAUUGAUGCUCAAAGUUGGUUACAGUAGCAAAAAAACAAACAAAACAGAUUUAGUCUUUAGAUUGAGAUGAUUGGUUUGGUUGCAGUUUUUAGCAGAACCGAAAUUUUCCAUGUCUAUUUUCUGAACUUUUGAAGUUCUGUGGCUCACAAAUGACAGAAAAAGUAAUUAAAAAGUGAGAAUUAUGUACUUCAGGGGCCUGUAACUCUGAAAAUAGUCACAGUAUAAGGGUAAAACUUUACAUGGGUUCCUUAAGUAUGCUAAAGGUGUUGCAGAUUAAAUAAAAUCAGCUGAUUCUAAGGGAGUCAGACGGGAAAUUUUUCAAUUUUUGCUUGAUUUGAUGACGCAAAUGUUUCUGGAAUCGCAUCCAAAAUAAGACACUACUGGAAGAAAGGCUCCGUGUAACAUCUGACGUGCAGUUUGAACAUAAAAUAAAGGAAUUUUUCUGUCAAAUCUCAGUGACUGCUGAUGUAAUUUGCCUUAUGGGAAACUGCUCUCUGGUCAUAUUCUUGGACUGAACCCUUACGAGCUGUGAAUAACAUUUUCUUCUUCUUCUCGGGUCCAAACACAUCGGUUCAGGUCUGGCUGCUGGUUCUGCACUGUCACCCGGCCUGUCAAGGUGACAGAACCUUCUCAGACUUCAAAAUCAAACACAUCUGCCUCCUCUAAAAUGGAAAGAAUUCCCGCAGCAUACACAGUAAAAUGAAAACGCCAAUAAAAGAAAAUGGAAAGAAUUCGAUGAAGUGUGACCACGAGGCCCCGCACAUUAUUUUUAACUGCCUCAGCACCUUCAUGUUCCAUUUCUCGGCUCCGUUUCUUCCAGCGCCGACCUUCGUAAAAGCUCCGACAUGGGAAGAAGGCUGAGCUCACACGUGUGACGCAUUCUUCAGACUCGUUAUGUUCGAGAUUCACGUGGAGUUAAAGCAGGAGAGCUGAAGAAGUCCGCCCAGUUAUCUCCUCCUUUACCCUUUAUCCUUGAGACCCAGCGAUGCAUUUAGUCCUCUGUAGGGGACAAUUUCAAAGUUUUAUUCAAAAAAACAAAACAAGACCGUAAGGAUAAAACCUGCUGCGUGGUGUAGAGGACAUCCUGAUUAGCUGGACUUCAUCCAACCAAACAUAAAAUCUGUGGAACACAUGGAACCAGGAUGAACUAUGGGAAGAAGGUGGAGACUUUAGUAGAUUUGAUGAAGUCAUGCAAAGUUUUACCUUCAUACUACAGAGAGGAGGGUCCAAAUUAAGAUUUUUAAAGGAUUUUAAAAUUAUUUAUGAGCCUCAGAACUUCAUUAGUUCAGCAGAUUAACACAUGACAUUUGAGUUCUGUUAAAAACUGAAUCCAUUUUGGGCGACUUCUGUGUCAUUUUCGAUUAAUUUCAAGUAAUUUUGGACAAUUUUCAAGACAAUUUGGACAAAUUGUUCCAAAAAAAGGAAACUGCACAAUUAAUGAGGCAAGUUGUUCAAGUUUAUGAUAGAUUUUGGACAAGUUUUGUUGUGAAAAAAGGCAUCGCUUUGUCAGAUUUACCUGAAAUGUUUAUUUACCGUUUUAUAGGAAUGGAGAACGCUUUGAAAAUUAAAAGGCAAACAGUUGGCAUUUUGUAAGUUUGAAAGUUAUUUUGGACUAAACGUGUGUUUUCAUAUGAAAUGCAAAGUUCUUCAGGUAACAGGAUUGAUGAAAGCAGAAAGUAUCUUGUUCAGGAUUGUGCAUUCGUUUUAAAAUGUCCUCUACACAGCAAAUCAGGCUUUUGUCUCUGUAGAUUGUUUGUUUUGUUUUUUAAAUUAAAGCUUUGAAACUGC